AUUACACAGACCCUUCUAGUUCAAUACAGAAAAAACUAAAAGUACUGCUGUUUGCAGGAACUGAAAGGAUACAGGUGGCAGGGGAGAGAGCUGGAGUUCUUUCCGAAGAUGGCUUCCAGCGAGCCUACUCUUCUGCUUCUUAGUCUACACUGUCACCCUGGAGACUAUAUAGAGCAUAUCUUACAACAGAUAAUAGGGGAGCCAAUUCAGUCUCAAUAUUUUGCACCUAUGGGUUACAUUCGUGGCAAUCAGACCAGUCUAACGUUCAUGGACAAUAUCAUCAGGAAACUCGAAAAUCUAGAGCAGAAAAUUGAAGACCAAGCUUGUGAGAGCAGAGAACUCAGAGACCAACUUGGCACCCUUCGAGUCGAGAACCGGGUGGUACAUGAAGAGGGAAGAGAACUCAGAGACGAAGUCGGUGCCCUUCAAGUUGAGAAUCAGGCGAUAAGUCAAAAUCGCAAAAAACUCCGAUUUGGAGCAUUAGAAUCACGAAGAGCCCUAAUACGAUGUUUAGAAUUAUAUGAAAGGGACUCAGCUGUGGUCAAUUCAAGGAAUGAAGUAGCCCACGGUGGAGAUAUUGUGGGAGAUAUCCAGGCUAUUGAACUUGCUAAAACCUACAAACCAAAAUAUGUUGCUGCAUACAAAGAGGAUUUUCUUAAAGUCUAUGGCAUCCCAUACAGUGAAGCAGCAAGAAAUGUCUACCAUUAUCCACAUCAGGUUAUUAAGGCUUUUGACAUUCGCUGCUCCCUAAUGGAAAUGGACAAAUGGGACAGGCAUGAUAUGAAAACCCUCAAAAAUAAGAUCCAUGAUCUUGCUCAGCAGAUUAUCAAUGAUGCCUCAGACAUAGGAGAUGUGCAUCAGUUGAAGCAGAAGUUUGAGAAGGGUGGCUCUUUGCUACCUGUAUUUGAGCAGAUGAAUAUCCAAUACGCGAAAGGAGGAGAGCUGCUGGAACUUCCUGACGGGGAUUGAACUGGCUGAGUUGGUUGUUCUAGCUAACUAACUAGGAAGGAGUGAACCAUAGGAACCACCAACAGAACUUUGAUGUGUUGUCUAUGGGUGUAUGUCUUGUCCAUUGAAGUAGCUAAAGAGAAAAAGGAGAUGUCAGCUUAUGAAGACUUCAGUUCCAUGCAUGAGGGAAUAGCCGUGGCCUAAAUGCCUUAAAAAGAUCUAUUGACCAGACUAGACAAGUUUGACCUCUAAU